AUGGCGCGUUCACUGCAGGAUCCACGUCUUUCCUUUUAUUGCGAGCAGUAUGAUCACAUAGCGCAUCGCAUGAAUCAUUAUGUACUUCAGUUUUACUUCGAGGACCGUACCGUAGAGAUAAGAGAGGUGACGAAGAACCGACUUCACCUCAAACGUGCCCACUUCCCUCAUUUGAAUAGAGAUGACUUUAAAGUUGGUUCCUCCCUUUCGCUGCUUGGUGGUGUCAUCAAAUUAACCGCCUAUGCUGACGAGGUGACGCGUGAACUGUGCGGCGAAAGGGGAGAAGUCACUGCUGUGAUGUUCGGGGAACAACUACUGCCUCAGUUGGGGCGUUGCCUGGCGGUGCUCACGGAGGAAUGCGGUUUUGUUGCAUUAGAGAUGCAGAUGGCGUGGCUACCAGUGGAAACAGCGGCAGCAUAUGGUGUACCACCGGAUUUGGUGGAGGGUCGCAUCGUUGUCGUUAAGUGCGCCAAUACCAACGCCCUUCAACGUGGCAUCGAUUUCAUGGCCCGCAUGCCGGGCGCCCGCGCAGCUGAGAGUGUGGAGGAAGUCGGUAGGUGGGAGCAGAUUGUGGAAAAGGCGAAGGAGCAACCAGUUGCUAUUCUCGGUGACCCCAACUCCACCGUAGUGAUAAUCAAGCCGCACGCUUUACAAAAACUGGCUGGUGGGGUCAUUGUUCAGCAGUUAAUUGAUGCUGGUCUCGAAAUCAGCGGCAUUUCGCUCACAAACAUGACUUCUCAACAAGCAAACGAGCUGCUGAAGCCUUACAAAGGUGUUCUACCCGACUUUCCAGACACGAUGCGGUCGCUGAUGGGCACUGUUUGGGUCUUGCAGUUUGUGUCUUUGGAUGAAGGAGUUGAUGUUGUCUCCGUGGCACGUGAGGUGUGUGGGCCCUUUGACCCCGUCAUCGCAAAGGAGCUGCGGCCGACGUCCAUUCGUGCCCGUUUUGGGGUGGACAGGGCCCACAACGCCGUUCACUGCUGCGACCUUCACGAAGAAGGCCCGCUGUAUUCAAAUUUCUUCUUUAGACCGGAGGAUGUAGAUGAAUAG